AUGUCGGAACCUACAGGACCAUACCGCCACUUCACCGGAUCUCUGGAGACGAAGGCUGUGACGCGCUCUUCGUGUUCAUGUCACUUGCUGUUGCAGAUAGCCAUCUUCCACGUGGAGAGGGGCCCGUUCUGCGAGCUGUUCCUGCAGUGCGUGACGUACGGCUUCUACACGGAGCCGUGGCAGGAGCAGCUGUACGCCGCAUUCAGCCUCAUGUGCAUGUUCGUGCUGCCGCUCGCCAUCCUCAUCGGAACAUACGUAUCCACUUUCAUCACCAUCUCACGCGGCGACGCGGCGGGCGACAACCGGCGCCGCCUCAUCCGGCGCGCCAAGGCCACCUCGGUGCGCAUCUCGCUGCUCAUCGUGGCCGCCUUCGUCGUCUGCUGGACGCCAUACUACACCAUGAUGAUCAUCUUCCUCUUCCUCAACCCGGACAAGCACCUGAGCGAGGAUUUGCAGUCGGGGAUCUUCUUCUUUGGGAUGUCCAACAGCCUGGUGAAUCCUAUCAUCUACGGUGCCUUCCACCUGUGGAGACCAAGACGUAAAAGUAGAAGUGAAUAUCGCAGGUAA